UAUUCACUCUGUGUGGCUGUCUUCGCCCUAUUAUCCAGCGUAGCAGUAGACGACUAGAUAUCCACUUGGCCUCACCAAGAAUGCAGAGGAUUUUUCACUCAAUUUCUUGGCAUUCGGGAUCCGUGGAACCCGCCCCUAUCGAGCUUGACUUUUCAACACAGCGGAAAUCACUCCUUACGCCAAAUAAAGCAACCCAGUUGGCUGAAAAAUGCAAGAACCGGCAAAGGUUAAGAAUAGUAUUCUUUAAUAUACUUGUCCUCUAUUGGCGAGCCCUAUUCGUAGAGUGGCGCAGUGGUGCCCUUCGCCAUGUUCCUGGCCUUGGCAACUUAUUUUUGUCGCCUUCUUGGCUCGAGCGAGCGCUUCCGCCCGCACUCGUGGCUUGAGAUGGCAGUUGGGUCGUAAUUUAUAAUUGUCACCGGAGAGGCCUUGAAUACGAUACUUGAUAGUGGAACGGUGACUACGUUCAUCUCUCACAAUGCUGCGGCGUCGUGUGUGUGAUGCAUGCCAUGCGC